UGAAAAGCGAUUCACUCUGAUGACGUCACUCGCAGAGUUGUCAUGGCGUCUUUGGGAUUGAAGCUGCUGCUGCAACUGAGCUAAAAUCUGUCGACAGUCUGUAAAUCGAAAUGGAGAAAAAUGCAAACCUGCAUCGAGACACUGACGGGAGCUCUUUGUGUGCCACGAUUGCGGGAGAGAUGGGCGAUGUUACGGCUGUCGGCGGAGUGAAAGGAGCAGCCGAGAAAUGCAAGAAUAGUGAGGCUCCUCUCAGUACUUUGGUUAACGUUAGUUGUAAUAACAGCACCACAAAUGUUAGUGCUCCCAGCGCCGUUAAUGCAAUUUCCAGUGCUGGAAAGUCUGGCGUACCAGAAGUGAUCCAAGUCCUCCCAGUGCAGGAGGAUAAAAAGAACACCAACACGAGCAGGUCCGGGGAUCAGAUCAGUAACGGGAUGGAGAAUGACUCGGUGCUGGCUGCAGAAGAUAGCGAGGGUGGUGCCUCAAAGUUAGUAAACAACCAAAUCGACGGCCCGUCCUCACCUCCCGCUAAGGAGAGCACAGAUGUGCAGGCUGUGGUCCUGGCUUGUGAAGAAAGUAAACCGACAAAACUUGCCAAACCGACUCAUCUGUGUCCGGACAAUGCAAUCGCAGCAAGCGUCAAGCCGGGGCUGUCCGGUGAUCACACCUUAUCGGAGGGAUUGCCGAGUGGGAGUGACCCCGAUCACAGCCUCGGUGUGGAGUCCCGAAGCAUAGAUUCACUCGAGUCCUUCUCCAAUCUCAACUCCUGCCCCAGCUCCGACCUGAAUAGUGAGGGACUGGAGGACAGAGGACUGGCCCUGGCCCUGCAGGGCGAGUACGGGGCUGAUGGGACAAAGACUUCGUGUGCUAAAGACCGGGCCGCUGGCCAGUCCAUAUACCACAUUAAGUGGAUAAAGUGGAGGGAGGAGAAUACGCCGAUCAUCACCCAGAACGAGAACGGCCCCUGUCCAUUACUGGCAAUUAUGAAUGUCCUACUGCUUGCAUGGAAGGUUAAGAUGCCACCCAUGAUGGAAAUUAUAACUGCUGAGCAACUGAUGGAGUAUCUUGGAGACUACAUUCUGGAAACCAAACCUAAAGAGAUAUCGGAGGCUCAGCGGCUAAACUAUGAGCAGAACAUGAGUGAUGCCAUGGCAGUGUUGCACAAGCUGCAGACAGGUCUGGAUGUGAACGUAAAGUUCACAGGGGUGCGAGUCUUCGAGUACACCCCAGAAUGCAUUGUGUUUGAUCUGCUUGACAUCCCUCUCUACCACGGCUGGCUGGUUGACCCCCAGAUGCAAGACAUUGUCAAGGCAGUGGGCAACUGCAGCUACAACCAGCUGGUAGAGAAGAUAAUAUCCUGCAAACAGUCAGACAACAGCGAGCUGGCAGGGGAAGGCAUCGUUGCAGAGCAGUUUCUGAGCAGCACAGCCACUCAGCUUACGUACCACGGCUUAUGUGAGCUCACAUCCACUGUACAGGAGGGAGAGCUUUGUGUCUUCUUUAGGAAUAACCACUUCAGCACCAUGAUCAGAUACAAGGGCCAGCUGUACCUCCUAGUUACAGACCAAGGUUUCCUGACAGAGGAGAAGGUCGUCUGGGAGAGUCUGCACAACGUCGACGGAGACAGCAACUUUUGUGAUUCCGAGUUCCGGUUGCGGCCUCCCUCCGAUCCAGAGACUGUGUACCGUGGUCAGCAGGAUCAGAUAGACCAGGACUAUCUGAUGGCGCUGUCGCUGCAGCAGGAGCAGCAAAGCCAGGAUCUACAGUGGGAGCAGCUCCCCGAGGGCAUCAGUGACCUAGAGCUGGCAAAAAAGCUUCAGGAGGAGGAGGACCGACGAGCCUCCCAGUACUACCAGGAGCAAGAGCAGGAGCAGGCGGCGGCAGCAGCAGCGCAGCAGGGCCAGCAGGAGCCUGCCGAGGGAGACGAGGCGGACAGAGGCAGUGCAGGAGCAGGCGGAGCAGCAGCCGGUACUGGGACAGCAGCAGCAGCCGGAGCCACACCCAGCCCAGAGAAAAAACAGUCCUCUAGCGGGGAGCGCAAAGCCAAGAAAGAAGCGAAGGAUAAAGACAAAUGUGUUAUUUUGUAACAUACAGCGUGUCUGUGUGAGUGUGAGUGUUUUAUGCAUUUGCUUAUCUGUGAUAAGGGGACAGCAUUUGUUUCUCCACGGACUGGACACACAACACCCAGCCCCCACUUGAUGACAAAUAAGGGAAGGAGACGUUUUGAGGAGAGACUAACAGAGGGUUUGCUGUUCCCAAACCACUGGUGCCUGCUAUCCUCUAUCCUCAGUGGAACCUGGACAUCAGAGGAAAGGACACUACAACGACAACUACCCCUGGUCUUUCAUAGAGUCGGCCAAACUUUGUUACAAGUUGCACAGAGCACUAUAUUUGUGAUGUGGAGUCAAGUUUAUUUGGGGUGGUAUAUUUUAUAGCAAAAUAUAUAAUCUGAAGAAACAAAAUGUCACCCUUGCACCAUGUUCUUUUCCAAAAAAAAAGUAUCAUUAAUUUCACUAAUUUUUCAUUACUGCAGCUCAUAAACUUUUUUGUACGUAUCAAUAUUCACAAAACGAAUAUAGACAGACGCGCGUUUCUUAAGUUGAUGCCAAGAUUCACAUUUUAUUUAUUUAUCUGUGUAAAAGGUAUCUUUUGGGAGAGGUUUUAUUUUUUUUUGCAAACUGAGAGGGAUUUGCUCAUAAUGUUGCGUGUUGGAAAUCAGUGUAACACUAUUUGUCCCCUCCGAAACACUAUGUACCUAAGGGUUAAUUAAUGCCAGAUAGCUGCCAGACACUGUAGCUACGGAGCAAUAUUCACCACAGCUAGCCCUGUUCAGAUUUGCCUUACCAGAGUAUGGCAGUGUUGUAUUCUGCUCUGUUUGAAUGUGUGUUUGUUUUCAUGCGUUCGCUAUGUACAGUACACGUGAGGUAUAAUGGCGUGUGGAUUACUUGUCUCAUUUACCGAGCACCGCUAAUGUAACAAGUUACAAUUUGGAAAAAGCCAAAUCUUUUACGCUGUAGUAGUUCAGCUACAAAUUUGUCUCGUCUUUUAUGUUCCGAUUCUAUUUCACAAAAACUAUGUUUGGGGCAAUCAAACUGAG